GGAUGAAAGCAGGGCGAGGGCGCUCCCCUCUUCUCUCCCCCGCCGGCGGUCGCCUCCGCGGAGGUGGUCGGGAUGACCAUCGCCACCGGGCGCCGGCCUCCUCCGCGGCCGCCGACGCGCAGCACAAGGGAUUUCAGGCAAGCGCCGUCUCUCUUUUUUUUGGGGGUGGAAGCGCCGUUUUUUCUGUUGGGUUGGGAACAAGGGCCGAUUUUACUGGGCCACCGGAAACCGUUUUUUUUCUUGGGUAUUUGGUUACCGAUUCGGCCCAAGUGGACAGGCCCAGUUAACGUUUCCGUCUACUUUGGUUCUGUGCUCUAUAUAAACUGAAUAUUUUUCCUCCCCGCUCUGUUUCUUCUACCUUCGUUCUCGUCCUUCCAGAAGAAAUAGUUUGUUUCGUUCGUCUCCUUCGGUCCUCCCCCCCUCCAAUUCCAAUGCAGUCCCCUGCUCCGGCGAGCUCGAGCUUGCCGUAUUCCCCCAUGCCGUCUUUCCCUGAGAGCAUGGUGGGGAAGACUCUCCAGUUGCUCCUUCCGUACCACGACGCCACCAUCAGGGGCAUCGAGCGCAGCAAGGACGACAAGCUCACCCGUGUGAAGAUCGAGGCUCUGCCCGGGGUUGCGUUUUCUGCUGGAGAACUGCGACUGGAGAGCACAGAAGGGCUAAAGUUUGUAGGCGCUCUGCACAUGGACGACAUCUCAGGGCACGAGUGCACGCUCACAGUCCAUGACGACCAAGGUCAUAACCAACCUUCUCUCUUCUUGGUUCUUGUCAAGUAUUUUCCUUGGAUUUCGUUCUUGGAUUCCAAUAACGCUUCCGAAUUGGUUCUUCUCAAGUAUUUGUCUUGGUUUCCUUCUUGGAUUCCAAGAACGGCUUCCGCAUUGGUUCUUGUCAAUUAUUUGUCUUGGGUUUCGUUCUUGGAAUCCAAGAACGGCUCCCACGUUGGUUCUUGAAGUUGAAGACCUGGACAAGGUCGCUCUUCUUGGUGCAAUGCAAGCCACACUUGAAACAGAAAGUAACAUUGUGUACUGCUCUGUUGUUACUGUUCUCUGUUCUUGGAUUUCGUUCUUGGAAUAGGUGCUCCCACCUUAGUUCUUAGAGUUCAAGAACUAGCCACAGUUGCUCUUUUUGGUGCAUGUUUAUAUUAGGAAAUUCUAAUGUCUGUUAUAGCCUUAUUGUCGCCCAUUAACUUCAUUGUUUUGGAUAGUUAAUGGUGGAUUGUUUGCGUCUGGUGAUUAAACGUGGCAGAAACUGGUUAAGCACCGCGUUUCUGCUCUCACCCGGAAGAUGAUCGUAAGUGGCCACAACUAAUUAAGCUGGUUCCUUAGACCUUAGAAAAACAAACAUUAGUGGGAUGUAGAUGCAUUUUUAGUACAGGCAAAUGCAGUUACCAGCGAGAUAUGCUAUUUCUGUAUAUGAAACUGAAUCUUGCUACUCUUUUCUUUUCUUUCAAAGGGCCAUUUCUCUUCUCUUCUGCACCUGAUUAAUCCUUUCUACUAUUGUUAGCUAAUUAUCCUGAUUAUUUCUUUGUUAUUUGGCAUAGUGCACUAUUGUCGCUCUUGCACAGAAGUGAGAGUCCCAGCUUUCCACACAUUCUCAGAGACCUUGGUAGGAUGGACAGUCCGCUUCUCUGGGUCAGAUCCCUACUCCAUUGAGGUUGAUGUCUGACAUGUAGAGAGGCGGGAUUCUGUUACCACCGUAUAUCUUCGGACGGGUGUCAUCUCUCUUCCUGCCUGCACCGGUGACACGGUUAUACUGAGGUCCACAGAUACCUUGGACAAAUGGCAGGGAGACAUCGGAUAUUGGCCAAACCCUAGCUUUAUGGCUGAGAAGAAAGAAAAGGACGGAAGUAAAACUGACCAAAGUUUCUAUGGACAACUGUUUGAGAGAGAUGUCUUGAUUUAUGUGCGAGAUGAGCAAGUGUGCAUAGGCAGUAAACUGUCACUGCGGCUACCAAAUAAGAAGAUAUUGAUUAAGCCAGCACCAAAUGGUCCUGCUAACAUUAACAUCUCUCAUGGCAAGUCUUCCCAGCGAAAUCGCAGGUCAUCUAAACAGAAAGAAUGUGAAGCUGAGCAAAAAAUAGAAGUUGCAAUAAAUGGUUAUGGAAAGAUUGGGAGGGCGCUCGCUAGAGCCGCUUUGCAGAGUGACGGUGUUGCCAUUGUGCUGUCAAUGAUCUAUCUGGAGGAGAUGAAAUUAGUUGUAUGUUUAGGGAUAUAUGGGACUUUGAAGUGAAAAACUGUACCUCUGAUAUUUUUAAGGGGGUCGCUUCGUACAAGGAAAGCGAUCCUGAUUCAGUCCCUUGGUACAUGACCGGCCCCCAGUUUAUUGUGGAGACUAGUUCCGAUUGUAGCCAGGAUGCUGACCAUUACAAGAACUGUGCGUCUUCGUAUAGCGGCUGUUCGGAUCUCAAGCUCUUUGAACCUCUUGAAACAAUAGUUGGCCGCUCUUUGAACCUCUUUCACGUCCAGAUGAGUGAAAAGCCACGGCGGACCUAAGGCUUCAGCGUGGAAACGAGUUCUCCUGUGUACAUUGAUGGUGAUUGGAUAGUGUAUAGACAUUCGAUAGCCCAUAACCUCGACACUCGAAGCCCAUAGCCUCCAGUACAUACAUGUAUUGAUAGCCCAUAGCCUCCUGUGUACAUUACCAGUAAAUGAGCUCUCACACUUGACAUUCGGUUCAGUUGGUCCUUGGAUAAAUGAGCGAUUCUUCUGAAUUUUCUCCUUUC